CGUGUGGGUUUCCUUGCGGUGUACCCUAUGUGGGUUGGCCCUGGCCUCUGUCUCCUCCGAGUGGCCGCCGCCCUUCUGCGUCCCGAGCCGAGCGCCUUCUUCGCCGCUUAGCUGGCGCCCGCAGGCUCCGGGUCCUCUUAAAUGUUCUCUUGGAGCCUUAAAGAUGGAAAUGACAAGCGUGUCCCUGAAACGUGGGUGCCUUGUUGUGGAAGAUAAUGAUGGUGUGGCCCUGCAGGAGGAGACAAAGAAACAGAAGGUCUCAGAGUGCUAUCUGACCAACAGUCAGGAUGGGGUAGAAAAUGACAGUCUACACAGCAGUGAGGAUGAGCCUGGACCUCCAGAAGGUGAAGAUGCCAAGAAAGAUGAAAAGAAUUCCAGUGCUCAGGUGCAAGAGGAGGAAGAGGAGGAAGAUGGCCUUUCAGAGACAGGGGAAGAGGAGGAGCCUGAGAGUUUUGCAGACAUGAUGAAGCAUGGGCUCACAGAACUUGAUGUAGGCAUCACGAAGUUUGUGAGCCCUCAUGAGGGCUUCUCAGGGAUCUUAAAAGAAAGAUACUCUGACUUUGUUGUUCAUGAAAUUGGAAAAGACGGACGGAUCAGCCAUUUGGAUGACUUAUCUGUUCCAAUGGACAAGGAGGACCCUCCAGAAGAAGCGCUCACUGUUUUGACAGCUGAGGACAAGCAGCAGUUGGAGGAGCUCCAGCUUUUCAAAAAUAAAGAAACCAGUGUUGCCAUUGAGGUCGUUGAGGACACCAAAGAAAAAAGAACCAUCAUCCAUCAAGCUAUUAAAUCUCUCUUCCCAGGAUUAGAGACAAAAACAGAGGAUAGAGAAGGCAGGAAAUACAUUGUAGCCUACCAUGCAGCUGGCAAAAAGGCUUUGGCAAGUAAGUAUAACACUGGCCCUCUUUCUCCUUCCCAAGGAAGGAAGGAAGGAAAGAAAAGGACAGCUGUUAGACUCUUUUCUGGCACUUACAAGAAGCAGUCUCCUGAGGUCUCCAGAAUAAGUGCACAAAGACUUGCCCACCUGAAUAAGUGCUUGAUGAACUUCAAGUUGGGUAAUUUCAGCUAUCAGAAAACCCCUCUGAAAUUGGGAGAGCUUCAAGGAAAUCACUUCACUGUUGUUCUCAGGAAUAUAACAGGAACUGAUGAGCAAGUAGAGCAAGCCAUGCAAUCUCUGAAGGAGACUGGCUUCAUUAACUACUAUGGCAUGCAAAGAUUUGGGACUACAGCUGUCCCUACGUACCAAGUUGGAAGAGCUAUUCUACAGAAUUCCUGGACAGAAGUCAUGGAUUUAAUACUGAAGCCCCGUUCUGGAGCUGAAAAGGGGUACUUGGUGAAAUGUAGAGAAGAAUGGGCCAAGACCAAAGAUCCAGCCUCUGCCCUCAAAAAACUACCUGUCAAAAGGUGUGUGGAAGGUCAGCUGCUUCGAGGACUUUCAAAAUAUGGAAUGAAGAAUAUAGUCUCUGCAUUUGGCAUAAUACCAAGAAAUAAUCGCUUAAUGUAUAUCCAUAGUUAUCAAAGCUAUGUGUGGAAUAACAUGGUGAGCAAAAGGAUAGAAGACUACGGUCUGAAACCUGUCCCAGGGGACCUUGUUCUCAAAGGAGCCACAGCCACCUACAUUGAGGAAGAGGAUGUUAAUAAUUACUCCAUUCAUGAUGUGGUGAUGCCCCUGCCUGGUUUUGAUGUUAUCUACCCCAAACAUAAAAUUAGUGAAGCCUACAGGGAAAUGCUCACUGCAGACAAUCUUGAUAUUGACAACAUGAGACACACAAUUCGAGAUUACUCCUUAUCGGGUGCCUAUCGAAAGAUCAUUAUUCGGCCUCAGAAUGUCAGCUGGGAAGUCGUUGCAUAUAAUGAUCCUAAAAUUCCACUUUUCAACACGGAUGUGGACAACCUAGAAGGAAAACCACCACCAAUUUUUGCUUCUGAAGGCAAGUAUAGGGCUCUGAAGAUGGACUUUUCUCUUCCUCCAUCGACUUACGCCACCAUGGCCAUUCGAGAAGUGCUAAAAAUGGACACCAGCAUCAAGAACCAGACCCAGCUCAAUACAAACUGGCUACGAUGAGUGGUGCAUUCUUCAGAGACAAGUACCUGCUCGGUGACCUCCUGUUCUUGUCUUUUUUAAUUGCUGGCUCAUAUUUGAUUUUUAAAACUUUUAUAGUAAAGGAUUAUUUGUAUUUUUUAAAGUUUUUAUCAGCUUAAAGAAAUAAUUACAAUGUUUGUACACAUAUACAAAUCCUGAAGAUCCUAAUUAUAGCUCAGAAGAUAUAAAUUGGUCAGGAUAUACUUUAGGUGCUUAAAUCCUAGUUCAGCAUCAGCUUUUUGGCUUUAUAACAAUAAAGGGGACUUUGGUUUAAAGGAGCAGUUUUAGGUUUUGCUGCGCUCCUGAAGUUCAAACACCAGGAAUUUUUAUAAGUCCAUGAUGGGAAUACACAGUGAUUCAUCUCAAGAGCAAAUGCAGCAAACAGAUCUUGACUAUGGAAAUUAGAGUACAUACUUAACACACUGUACUCAUGUUGGUUCAAUGAUAACAAAACAUCCACAGGUUUAUAAACACAACAUGGUUUUCAUUGUGCGGCUGUGUGUUGGAUUCAGAUAAGCAGUUAUAAACAUCUUAGCUUGCAGUGGCUUUCCUGUUUAUAGUAUCAGUGUCUUUCAGGUGAACCUUUUCCUUGAUAUAAAUAUGUAGUUUUUAUUGGUAAAGGUCUAAUUUUGUUCUAGGUGCCUUUACUUUCAGGACUCCUUCCACUGGACUCAAAAGUAAACAGUGAUCAAAAAGAAAAUGUGGAAAACUUACAAGGGCUCCUUCUAUGCUAACCUGUCACCAGCUGCAUUUCCAUCAUGGGCGCCACAAAAAAUCCUUCUCUGAAAGGAUGUAUAUGCCUUUCCCAAGUUGUGUAACAUGACUCUACUAAUUUUAUUUUCUAUUAUUUCUAGAAACAAAUGUAAUAAAUAUUUUUAAGAACUCCUUUCUACUAAUUAUGCAAAUAAAUCAAAUAAAUAUUCUAAAACUGAAUGCAUGUAAAAAUCUUGUCCCUCACUAAAGGAAAGCAAGGCACUCAGUGAGUGAAGGGUCCUUGGCAGAGGUGACAUAGAAGUGUCUUGAUACGGUAUGGGAUGUGAGAAUCAUGUGAAAUUGUAUCCACUGGGAUGACUGAUGAUAGGGCCUGGGUUCAUAGUUAUCCAGUCCACAGUAUCCCUCCAUGGCCUCCCAGUGUGCUUUCUGGAAUGUAAAGAAAUGCUUGGAGCAGAGCAUGAAUGGCAUGUGUCCUGGGUCUGGCCCUGAAAGCACAAGUGAGAACCAAUAAUGCAUUUAACUCUUUCUAUGUACUGGCCUGUGCCACUGCUAAGACUGCAAAUGAGUGAGAAACAACUAACAGUUACUUAUGAGAAGACUUAGUCUCCUAUUGGAAGUGUAUGCUUACAAGUACUACAUGUAAAUUGACAUUUAAACAAAGAAUCUCAACUUACUGUCCUCAUCUGUGAAAUACUUUGAGCCCUCCCUGUGUGAGGAGUUGAUUUUCCUGGUCACAUCAGUCAAUUUCACCAAUUUGUAUAUGUCACUUUGUCUUUUUAAAAUUACAUUUUAUUUUAUGUGUACACAUAAUUUUUUUAAUUACACUUUAUUUAUUGUC